AUGGUUGGACGUGCUAGAGGUCGUGGACGAGGGAACCAAGCCCAACACACAGAGAUGGCUGAGAUGCGGCGUAUGAUGGAAGACUUGUCGAGAGCGGUGCAAGCCCUCCAACGACAGGAACGCGCGGAUGCCUAUAUGGAGAUUCCGGAACGCAACCGCGGACCCUUACACAUACCGGAAGGUGGUGGUGAGGAUGAAUAUGAAGACGAAACGGACGUCGACAACCUUUUUCAUGAAGCUGGAAACCAUGGUGGUGGUCAUCGAGGUGGAUUGGAAGAGCGGUUGGUUCGUGCGUUGGAUUUGAAUGGUGGAGGAAUUAAAAUUGAAGUUGUUGAUUUCUAUGGAAAGAUGCAUGUUGAAGAUUAUUUGGAUUGGGAGGCAAGUCUAGAGAAUUAUUUUGAAUGGAAGCCUAUGGCAGAAGAUCGCAAGGUGUUGUUUGUAAAGCUUAAAUUGAAGAGUACCGCGCUUCAAUGGUGGAAGAGAGUUGAAGAGCAGCGUGCUCGGCAGGGGAAGCAGAAGAUCAACACAUGGGAUCGUAUGAAAUCCAAGUUACGAAAGCAGUUUUUACCUGCUGAUUAUACCAUGGAGUUAUAUGAGCAGUUUCAUAACUUAAAGCAACGAGACAUGUCUGUUGAAGAAUAUACAUCAGAGUUUAAUAAUCUCUCAAUUCGAGUUGGUUUGAAUGAGACUAAUGAACAGAUGACAUCUCGUUAUCUUUCUGGUUUGAAUCAGACAAUUCGAGAUGAGAUGGGGGGUGGUUCGUUUGUUCAACCUUGA